UCGUAAGCCAUCAAUUACAAUUUCAAGAAUUUAUUAUCAUGGGAAAAAUUUAUUCUAAACCCUCUAAACACUUUCGAGGCAAGAAAGAUAAGGCUUUGACAAAACCUGAUGUAAAAAAAGAUCAACUUAUACAGAAUUAUAUACCAAUGAGAAAAUAUUCUGCUUCCUAUGUACUUCCUUUGGAUGACGAUGAAGUUGAUAGAAUGACCUUACAACAUUAUCUUUUUCAAAAUAUUUGGAAAAGUAAUUUUUCUUCACCCGUCGAAAAUAUGUUGGAACGUGGUGCGAAAAUGUUGGACAUAGG